AUGCAGACCGUCAAGGACGCCGCCAACUACGUCUCGGAGUCUGUCCAGCAGGCUACCUCCACUGCCUCCAAGGAGGGCAACAAGGAGAUUGCCAAGGGCAACACCGACGCUUCGCUCGGAACACGCGCCGAGGCUGCCAAGGACGCCGUCGGAGACAAGAUUGACGAGUCCAAGCACGACUCCAAGGCCGAGCUCCACAAGCAGAAGGCCCAGAACUAA